AUGUGGUUAGAAAACAAUGAAGGAGAUAUUCCUAAAGAUUAUGCUAAACUAAAAUAAUAAAAUAUUAAGUUAAGAAAUGAAUUGAAAUAAAUUAAUGAAUUUUUAACUAAAUAAAUCGAAAAAAAAUAGGAUCAACAAAAUAGUCAUAGAAAUUAAUUAAACAUUAAUAGUGAAUUGAGGGAAGGUUUAAUUUUAUAAUUAUUUUAGAUACUCUAAGAGCUGAAUUAUAAAAUGCUUAAAAAUAAAUAAAGAUUCAAUUGAAAUAAAUUUAAAUUCUAUAAAAUAGGCAAGAAAUGCUUUCAUUAGAUAAGUAUGUGUAAUUCUAAUAAUUUUAGUAUUGUUCAAUUAUAAUCAUAAGUAAAGAAAUUAAUGGAUAAAAUAAAAGAACUUGAAUAGGAAAAAAAAACUUUAAUUAAUAUAAAUGGAAAACAAGAAAAAAAGUUAAUUCAACUGUCUUAAGAUGAUUUUAUUAAGAAUAGAAUAGAUUAAUUAGAAUAAGAAAAUAUAGUUCUAAAAUAAAAAGUAAUCGCACAAAAUAAAACUGAAAGAUCUUAAUCUGUGUAAACAGCUAAGAUUGAACCAAUGAUAAAACCUAUUUAAUUAACGUAAAAACAAUAAGAAUUGAUAAGAGAGAAGGAUCUUUUUAUAGUAUAAUUAAAUGAUAUUUUUAUAGUCUUAAUUAUAAGAAAAAUUAGGAGAGUAAGAAAAACAUAUCAGAAUAUUGAAUAAUCUGAAAAGUUAAUAUGAUAAAUAAAUUAAUGGAAUGACUCAUAGAAUUAAGUAACUUGAAACACAAUUAAUGAUUUUAAGUUAGUAAUUGUAAGAGAAAGUAAUCGAAAUUUUGUAUUCAAUAGAAUUCUGAAUUGAACAGAAAAAAUCAUUUAUUACCAAAUUUAAGUGCCAGAAAUAAUAGAUAUUAAUAAUAAAAAAUAAAUUUGAGUGUUGAUAAUAGCUUAAAUGAUAAACCUAAGAAUCUUCUUCAAUUAAAUUAUUAAUAGUAUACAUAAGCAACUACUUAAUUAAAGUCUAAAAGUUAGUAAUCUUAAAAGUUUUCUUCAUAAACGUAAAGAACUCAAAAUUUGUAAACUACUGAAUAAAAUCAAGAUUUAAAAAUUAUUAGAAUAGAAUAAGUUGGCAAAUAAAAUUUAUUGGAAUUUCAUUAUGAUAUUCCUUAGUAUUUGAGAUUAUAUAAUCUAAAAUUAUGGUGGAAGAACGAUUACUUAUCUGGUUUAUAAGCAUAUUACCAUAGUGUUGAUUAGAUAGUGUAUGGUUAAAUAUUCUGUUUAAGUAAUUUAGAGGAAUAAAACCCUUAAAUAUUUGAAUUAAAUUAAUCUGAUUGGAUAAAUUAAAUUGGAUUUGGUUUUGAAAAAGAUAAAAUAAGUAUAAUGAUAAAUAUAAAUUUAAAUAGAAUUUGUAAAGAUAAUUUCAAAUUAAAAUUGUGUUUUGAAAUUUGGAAGUGAAAUGGAGAAAAUUGAAGAAAUAAGAUAUGGAUUAAAUGAAAUUAUAGGGACAAUAGAAGUUUCUUUUAAUGAAUGUAUAAUAUUUAAUUUUUAUUUUAGUGUUUAUAGCAAGCAUUGGUUUUAAAAUAUUUGAUGAGAGAUUAUUUGAUAAAAUAUGA